AUGGAGGUUGCAUGGCAAUAUCGGUACAACUCGCGCGACGAUGCGACACGGAGACCAGAUGCUCUGCCAAGCCGCGAGCGCCGAAAUGGCUGCAAGCUAAGCUUGAUCGCAGAUCUUUCUGGAGACGCAUUUACUCGCGGAGCUCUGGCCGUCGGAGCCCCAGUUGCGGAGAAGCGUCAGACUUUGAAUGUCCUCUCUCCUGACGUUGUUGAUCUCCUCAAUCGCCUUGGUCUCUCUGGCCUCUCCCCACCUGCUGGUGGCAUUGUCGACACCCUCGGAAGCGAUCUCAAAAAGCGCCAGAUUCUGAACGACCUCUUCCCUGAAGUUGUUGACCUCCUAAACCGUCUUGGCCUCAGUGGACUUUCUCCUCCUGCUGGUAGUGUCGUUGACACUCUCGGAUCGGAUCUCAAGAAGCGCGCCCCCGUUGGCGGGAUUGUUGAAACUCUGGGUUCGGAUUUAAAGAAGCGUUAG